UAAGCUGCAUCACAUCGUCUCAGCUUAACCACUCCCUCGUCCCCUCCCGUGGAGGACUAGCGAUCAUUGACAUGGCAUCGUCUACUGGCGGCCCCGAUGGAGCACCCAAGGGCGAACACCUUCAGCCCUCCAGUUCAAGCCCCAGAAACAGUAGUAUACCACGGGUAGCAACGGAAGUACGGAGCCAACAAGUUUCACGAUCCAAAAAACACGAGAAAUCACAGAUGAUUUCUCUGAGGAACGAGCACUUGGUCAGGGCGCAUAUGGAAAGGUUUACAAGGGGGUUCAUGACAAUGGAGAUGAGAUUGCAGUGAAGAUGCUCCAUAAUAACAUGCCAGCGAUUAACGAUGAGCAAUUCCAACAUGAGUUUCACAACCUUAUGAGGCUCCACCAUCCGAACAUCGUUCAAUUAGUUGGCUACUGCUACGAAACACAACGUCAACAUGUAGAUUUCCAAGGAAGAAUGGUUUUCGGUGAAACAACAUAUAGAGCACUCUACUUUGAGUAUAUGCACAUGGGGAGCCUUCAAAGACAUAUUUCAGAAGAACUUCAUGGACUUGACUGGAAGACACGUUACAAAAUUAUCAAGGGAGCAUGUGAGGGCCUAAAAUACCUUCAUGAAGGAUGCAAAGAACCAAUUUAUUAUUUGGAUCUAAAACCCGACAACAUACUGCUAGAUGAGAAUAUGAUACCAAAACUUGCCGAUUUUGGUUUGUCCAAGCUCUUUGGUGAAGAACAAACUAGGGUUACGUAUAAUCCUGCAGGAACAUUUGGAUACAUGCCGCCGGAAUACUUGUUUGGACAAGUCGUCUCGAAGAAGUUAGACGUAUUUAGCUUGGGUGUUGUAAUUACAAAGGUACGCAAAAACUGGAGGGAGAGGUUGGAAGCUACUUGUACUUCUUCGAGAAUAUUAGAAGCAUAUUAUGAGCAAGUGAGCAUAUGCACUGAGAUAGGACUGAGCUCCAUGGAGACUGAUAGACACAACAGGCCAAGUAUAGUGGAUAUUAUCCAAAGACUGAAUGAGACAGAAACUAUGAUUGAAAAGGCGAUUUCAUGGUCGGCAAAUUUACGUUCAUCUAUGCAAGUUAUUAAGUCGCAAAGUGAGAACGAUGACAGUCUGGUGAAGGCAGAAGCGUUCGCAAGAAACAAGGCGAUUCAGGGUGCCGAGACGUGUGAUGAGUUCCCCGUCCUGGUGCGUGUCAGUGGAGCGGCUUGGCGUCGUGCGGAGGAGAUGCCGCGUGCUGGGGUGAACGUCGUCCUCGUGCUCGACGUACAGAUUAACGAUGUGACGUGGGGCAUAUUGAUGUUAGUCGAGAGUCUUGGCCCCAAUGACCGGCUCUCCAUAUUGUUUAUGGGGAAAACUAUGCAACAAGUCAUGGAGCUUACGUACAUGUCCCACGAUGGCCGGGACAUUGCCAGGCGGAAGAUCGGAGAGCACGUGGACGACGGAUAUGUGCGCCCCGUUCUGCAUGCGGCAGCUAAGGUACACCCACACAUACAUUUUCGUGACCAUACUCUACUAUAUUAUGUCAGCGAGGUUCCAGGUAAGGGCAUCUCCAACUCCAAUCCGCCACAUACAUUUUCAUGACCGUACUAUAUUAAGUCAGCGAGUUCCAGGUAAGGGCAUCUCCACCUUCAAUCCGCCCCUAAGGACCUCUUUAAUUCACAUGAUUCUAAAAACACCGGGAUAGAAAAAAAUAAGAUUGAAAUGUCAUGCUCAUCUCAAUCCUACAGAAUUUUGGAUUUUUUGAUUGCAUCGUAGGAAAAACAAAGGACUCUUUUGAAGAGGGUUUUUUUUUUGCAAUGGCUUUCGAAGAGGUUUGAGUGGAUGCUAGAAAUCCUAUAAGAAGUAGAAAAGGAAUAUCUAUAGAAAAAAUUUCUAUAUGAUUCAAUUCUAUGAAUCAAACAAUCAACAUAGAAAAAGUUCUUAUAGAUUCUAAUCCUAUAAAAUUUCUAAGGAGCCCUUAGGUUUGAGUGGAUGCUAGAAGUACUAUGAGAAGUAGUAAAAAAACAUAAAGAAAUCCCCAUAAAAUUGCAUCCUAUGAAUCAUCAAGGGAGCACCUAUACAUCAGGUGCCUCAAAAAUUUAUGUGUUUUAGUCACUUAUUUCUAAACCAUGGGAUGUAAAUCCAACAAACAAGGUAAGGGCAUCUCCAAUGCCGUCCCGUAAAUUUUCUCUCGUAUUCACCCGCGAACAGAGGGGACCAGACUGCGAAUACGGAUGCGGAAGGCGGCCAUUCAACACUGCUCGCAUUAAUCCGGCCUUUUUUAAAGUCUGCGUGUUCAAAUAGCCGCAUGCAUAGAGUCUACACAUUUAAAUAGCCACAUGCAUAGAGUACACGCGUUCAUAUAGCCGCAUGCAACAGUAGUUCAGAUAUUAUAUUCCAACAUUGUUGUCCCCUUUAACCACCCACAGAUGCUCAACCAGAUUUUUGUUCAGCUGCUCGUGAGUUGCUCGAUGUCGAAUUUGUUGAUACAUUUGAAUAAACUCUUCAAAUGUGGCCGGAUUCUGGUCUGAAAGUUCGAUAGGAUCAUCAAUGCUCUCAAAUUCUAGAGCUGCGGCAGCAUCCUCACCCUCAUCCUCAACAAUCAUAUUGUGCAUGAUCACACAACAUGUCAUCACCUCGUCCAUGGUCUCUGGAUCUCAUUGUUUAGAAGGUCCACGAACAACUGCAAAACGCGUCUGUAGAAUUCCAAAUGCCCUCUCGACAUCCUUUUUAGAUGCUUCUUGUCUUUGGGGAAAGUGAGAUUUUUUCCUGGCCAACUGGGUUAGAGAUGGUGCUGACGAAGGUAGCCCACGGAGGAUAGAUAUAGUCAAUCAGAUAGUAGCUCAUGUUGUACUCAUGCCCACUGAUAGAAUAGUGGCAAGCAGGAGCUUUUCCUUCAGUCAGCCUCGCAAAACAACAUCGAUCGCUGCAUCACAUUGAUGUCAUUAUGAGACCCAGGCAUGCUAAAGAAGCGUGCCAAUCUAAAGAUUAUGUGAUGCAACUGCUUCAAGAAUGAUGGUGGGCUUCUUAACAUGACCAUGAUAUUGCCCUUGUAAAGCCUUUGGACAGUUCACCCAUUUCCAAUGCAUGCAGUCAGGAGACCAAGCAAAUCUGGCCACCCUCUUGUUUCUGAUAUUGCCAAGAGCCUUAUGGUGUCUGCCACAAUUGGAUCUCUCGGGUACCGAGGUCCAAACACCUCGACCACGGCAGGUGUAAACCUGAUCAUGGCAACUCCACAUGUGCUCUCAGACAUUGUAGAUACCCAUCCCACGAAUCAACGGAUGUGCCAUAUGUAAGCAUUCGGAGUGCGUUUGUGCACUUCUAGUAAUAAGAGAACCCCAAUUGUUCCCAUGACAUCCUUCUUCAAGACGAAGUAGUCAUCAUAGGACCGUACGCCAUGGUACAAACAAUCGAAGACAAUCUUGCACCUCCAAAAAUGCCGGCAAAAAUGACCAAUGAGGAGUGCAUUUGGGGCAAAGUAGUUGGUCAUCAGUGUCAAAUGGACGUGCGCCCUGUUGUGGUUGAGCACUCCAUGAUCCUUGAUCGAUCCCUUGAAAUUAAGAACAUGCUCCUCCGCACGCUUCGCUUCUUCAAGGACCGUCUGCAUCAUCGUCGUCUCAUCUGUGUAGUCCUCCUCGUCGGACGAGACGUCGGAUGACUCAACAUAGUGCUCGUAUAUGUACUCAAAAUCAGAAUUCAUUGCUUGAAACAAGAAGGGACGACUUUUUUUUAGCUUCGGUAAUUCAUCGAACAAUUGCCGGGCAUGGUGAGUACAUCAGUAGCUGAUGGUACCUAGUGGGGCGGUCGAAGGAGAGGGGGUUAAACGCUGGACAAGGUGACGACGACGUAGAAUUCCAGCAUGGUGUGGCGUGGAGGCCGGGGUGGUGUAGCGGUGGCGAAGGCAAGAGAGAAAGAAGGGAGGAGAGAAAAUGGGGAGGAUUAAGGCGCGGGUCCAGGAAGGGUUUAUUGUGGCCCGGUGGUGUCGGAGUCCUACGUGGCUGCUGUCCGGGCUCCCGCAAAUGUCUUGUAUUAAGCAAGGCGAUAGCAACUUUCGCUGAAGGCCCAUUAACGCACCUUUAAAGCAAAAAUAGAAGAGAGAGAAAAACAGAUAUCCUGAAAUUCGAACCUCAGUCUCCUAGCAACUCUCGCUUAAGGCCCAUUAAUGCUUCAUUAAGAUUUUCUAAAUACAAGAUUAAUAUUUUUUGAAUACAUGGUCAACAUUUUUUCUUUGGGUUAUUUUGUUUCUUUUUCGGUUUUUAUGUUUUGGGUUUUCUUAGUUUCUUGUUUUUCAUUCUACAUUCUUAUAUACUAGUUCAAUAUUUUU